AUGCCCAUAGUGAGCGGUGAUCAGCAACAAUGUGUGGGCAGCAGAAGUGUUGCUGUGGAGCAACAGUCUAGGCUUGAACACAUGAUCCGCCAGGGAGGUGGAUGCUCACAGAAUAAAGGUGUCCAGAAGAGCACAAAAAGUGACAAUCAGCAAACACCAGCUACUGUGGACAUCAACGAAACGUUAACUGUCUCACCUGAAGAUGAAAGUGAAGAAAAUGCGGACGAUGAAAAGACUGAAUCUGCUGUCGAAGACCAGCCCAGUGAACAGCACGAAGCACGAGCUCUUGAACAACAGGAUGACAAUGAAGAAGAAUCCUCCUCAGAAGACAGUGGCAGAAAGUAUUAUCCAGCGAGGAUUUCUCCGACUCCACCAGACGAGGCACGUGAUUAUUCAGAGAAAGAAAUCACUAGCGAGACUGAGACUAGUGAGGACGAUUCGAAAGUUGUAUUUCGGAAUGACUUGAUGCCACAGCAACAGUAUGGUUUUGAUGGUAGUAUGAGAGGGAUGUGGAGCAAUCCGUAUUCAAUCUGUGCCGAUUACACUGCAUAUUUACAAAGGCAAAAAACUCUGAGUGAAGAAAAAGAAGAAACUGAACCGCAUGUCCGAAACAUAUUCCAAGAAAUAAAAAGUUGGGAACUUAGGGAAUAUAUGGAGGCCGCUAAGCGCCCUCCCCCGAGGAGAUAUAAUCAGCCAGAAGUUACAAGGGUCAACCGGCAGCCGGUUGGCAACGUUGACAAGCAAAAGACCUCAGACGAUAAGACGGUGAGUGAGGAGCAGACACUAAUUACACCCAGCGUUACUGAUAGCGUAGACUUGGAAAAUGAAUUCAAGUUACGUCAGAUUUGUGUUGAUGAGAAAGAAUUGAGCGAAAAGCAAGCGGAAGCCACAGGGAAAAUUAGUUCACAUCGUUAUAGCAAGAUAAAAUACAUUCGAAGGCAUUCUAAAAGUAUGGAUAAAAGGCAGUUUAUGGUGGUUUCAACAACGUACCGUGCACAGAGUGAGGCAUGUCUGCCGUCAUCAACAGCUAAUCAGGAGCACCACAUCGCGGAUGAUGAGACACGGUCUUCUUCCGCAGCAACAAACAUUAAAAGCGAGAUUCAAUCUCACGAAGAAACAGUUUCUAAUGAAAAAUACACGGAAGAGAUGCAAGCUUCACAGUAUCUACAUGGUCAGAAAUUACAAGAGAAGCCACAACAGUCUAUUGCUACGGAAAAGGAGUUGGCAGAAAAGCCACAGUCUCAGCAAAUUAUUGCUGACAAUGUCACUGACCAAACAGCUGCGAGCCUCCAAAAUACGGAUAUUACAGAGGGUCAGUACCAGAAACUAAGACCCACAGCGAACCAGAACCAGUUGGUAUCAGCAGAAAAGAUCAAUUACCAAAACGAGCUGCUGACAGAUGAGCAGACAAAUCUUAAAGGAAAAAAUGACAAAGCUUUGAAUACCCAUACAGAGCUUGGAUAUGCCUCUAUCACCCCACAUGAGGCCAGCUCUACAAUGACUCCGGAAGAGGCCUACGCGUUACUUUUGGAAGACAGUCACUACGAACAGUCAGUAGCCAACCAGAGCCUAGACCGCCCGGAUUUUUUGAGACUGGUCCCUUCAUUUUACGAGAAUGGUGGCACACUGCGCCCAAAUUUUGUAGUAGAUAAAGAAGGAGGUGAAGCUACUGGCAACGUGCCACCAAAGGGCACAGAUAUCGAGGACGACUCUUCUUUGGAUGAGCUGACUGAUAGUUUUGAUAUUGUUAAACAAGAUAUCAGCGUUAUUCGGGAGGAUAUACUCCGUCGCGCAGAGCGAUACGGCCGCCAUGUUAACACAGACGUGAUUAACGACCAGCGCCCGCUUCCGCCGCAGAUCCAAGAUCCACCUGAUCUGAUUCAGCACAAAGACAUAGAUAAAGAAAAGCAAGACGUGGAGAAAGAAAACGAAGUCUCUGACCAGCAACCUGUGGUACCAGUUGCAAACGGCAUCUCUAACGGCGAGGAUUCUAAUGGUGAACCUCUUAAAGAGCUUGACAAUGUUGUGGAAGACGAGAUUGGUCCGGAAAUUGACUAUGAAGUACCGCAGGAGCAAAGUAACAUAAUCCAAGCAGCCAUCAAGAACUACCUCCGCACAUUUGGAAUUCCUGUCCAUCGAGUGAUCAGCGUGUUAUUCGUUGAAGGCGAUCCUUUGGUACCUGAUGAAAACUCUGCCAAUGGAGAACAUGCCAUUGGAGAACAACUCAAUAAUGAGGAUUCCUCUGAGCAGAAAGAUAACCCAAGUCCUACGGAUGAUGGGGCACCACACAGCGAUGAGGAAACGGACGAAGAUCCUGAAGAAGAUUUGAGGCAUAAAGACAUUAAGAACAGAAAGAACCCUGCUAGCCUACUAAUGGCUAUGGGAGCAGACCAGUCAGAUAUAGCAAAUGAAAUAAAUGUUGGAACAAAGAACAUAGUUGCGCACAGUUGGGUUACUCCAGAGCAUGUGGAGCAGAUGCAGAAAGAGAUUGAUGUGUGGUUCAUUAAAAACAAGCACCAGUAUCUCUCUCUGGUAAUAAGGAAUAUGAGGCUUUUGCAAGCACUUGAAAGAAGGGAAACAGAUAGCACCUGGAUGGAAUCAGAAAAUACUGCAGAGGACAGACAGAAGGCCAUUGAUAAUAUUAAUAGUGUUGCAGAUGUGAGUAAUGAAGUGGUACAGAUGCACUUAUUUCUGAAGGAUGCAGGUUCAUCACCACCUUUAGUGGCACUGCCUCCUCAGAAGCAGGACGUGGAUAUGAGGGAAAGGAGAAAAAGUGGUUUUAAGACUACUUAUUGGGUUGACAAGGAUAAAUUCUUUCAGGAGUGA